UACCACCGUCAAACAUGCGCAGAAUAAUGAAAAAUACGUCAAUAUGGCAUCUUUUGAAAUAUACCAUUUUAAUAUUUUCAGCAUCAGCUGUUGUGAUAAAUAAAGCUGAAGAAUUGAUUCAUAAGGUUUAGCUUAUUUCAGAAAUGUGUAAUUUGUCAUGGGUGCAAUUGCCUCAGUGCUACAAUGGCAUUGUGUCUCUUGUAGUUACAUUAAUCCAACAGAAAAACUGAAAUGUAAUAGAUGUGGUGCACUCAGACAGACUGAUAUAAAUAAAGAAACUAUUGACCACAGCCCGGAUAUUUCAACAUUGACUAAACAUUUUAUUGAAACCUCAAAUUUCACUGUUAUUAAAAGGUUUACAUCUAAAGGUGAUAAACUUAUCCAGAGGAAUAGCAACGGAAAACAAUCAGACAAGAAGUGUUCCACUUUUGUGAAAAAUACCGUACUUAAUUCCCUGCUCCUUUUGAAUAGAAGUUCAUCAAUAAAAAAUGUUAAAAGAAAACCUUGUAUUUCUCUAAGGAAAUCACAAAGUUUGUUGGACUUGAAUUACUCUGUGUGUAAUAAAUGCAAGGUGAUAUUUAAAUGUUCUACAUAUUUGUGUAUACUGUGCGACUCAGCCUUGGAAAAAAUGAAUAUGACACAAUCACCAUGUAAACAUUGCUCUUUAACACCAGUUGAACAUCCUCAGAACUCUAGUGUUUAUAAAAGAUAUGAUAUUCUUCCUAAAGGAUGUCAGUGUCAACAAAAUAAAAGCAAGUUUGUUUCAUUAUCAAAUGUUCAGAGUUAUAGUUGUUCUGUAGUUAAGAAAAAAUGUGAUUCUGCAAUUGAUGGUGAUAUUCCCAAAAAUAUCAGGACUACAGCAAGUGGUAUAAACGAUCAAUCUAGAUGUAAUCAGAAUCAGUGGCCUCUGAAAUCUGGAGGACUAAUGUCAACAUGGACUUGCAGUAGAUGUACCUUGUUAAACAAUGCAGAUAUUUUAGUGUGUGAAGCUUGUGAAACACCUUAUAAUUCAGAUCCUAACAGUAAUAUGAGCCCUAGUGUUAUAAUUAAAGUAGAUAAUUGGACUGAUGAUAAGACCCUGAGAAACACCUCAGGCUUAAUGAUGGAAAAAAGCCCAAGCUAUCGGAGGUCGUUUUCAGAAUUAAGUUCCUCUCAAAAUUUUCAUUUCAACAUAAAUCGCCGUAGUUUAGGAAAUGAACUAACACGAUUUUCGUUUCCAAAGUCUAGCACUUCAAUGACUGAUAUCCAAGGAUCUCAUAAUUUUCCCUUAGCCGAAGUACUACUGCCAGACAAGGCCUGCUGUAAUCUAAAUAAAAGUUCUAGUGAUUUAUCUGGAAAAUUAUCAUGCAAUGCAUCACCCACUCAAUAUAGUUACAUUGGCAUUUCAGAACCUGAAAAGAAAAAUCACAUUUAUCAAAACCAGAAAAUGAGCAAUGGACAAAAAAUAGAUUUUGACCCAGAACAACACGAUAAAAUUAUGCUAUCUCUUAAGAGGGGUAUACCUAAUACUUCAACAAAUUGGUCUCUGAAAGAAAGGAAGUGGACUUGCCAAAUGUGUUCUUAUUCUUAUAAUAGUCUAGAUAAUGAUCAGUGUGAAAUAUGUAAAGACCAAAGAAGCAAACCUUCCGUCAGUCAGCCGAGUACAAUUACUGUUACUGAUGACAGUACAGCAAUAUCAUUUCCUUGGAAGGGUAUGGGUAAAGUACCAAUAGCAACGCUUGAUCAGGAUUUGGAUGACGAUUUCCAGUUUCCAAUUGGUGAAUGUACUAGCAACGAGCAAACAUGGACUUGCAAAAAAUGCACUUUGGUAAAUAGCGUCAAAUCAAUGAGUUGCGAUGCUUGUUGCGGAUCGAAACUCAAAUCGAUGUCUGUCAGCAACGAUAUGACUUUAAGGAAAGGGGAGUUCUGGACCUGCGCCCUGUGCACCCUGAAAAAUCCUCUCAGUUAUCUUCAUUGUUCAGCUUGUAAGGAACCCAGAAAGACUGUAUUAUCCAGAGGUGGAUCACCAAAUCACCUACAAGAAAAAAAAAGUUCUAAUCGAAUAGGAGCUCUUCCCGUUUUGAAUAUGGAAAGUGCAAAGAUAAAUCUGAAAUCGGACAAGGAUAUUGCACCGCCAAGACCAGUGUCUCUCCAAUUUAAACCUUGGAGUUGUAAGUAUUGUACAUUCGAGAACAAUAAGUCUAAAAUUAUGUGUGACAUGUGCCAGAAAAUGCGCGAAGACAUAGAAGCAAAACCAGAGGAACCUCAUCGGUUCAGUGAUGAGGAAAUAGCAGAUAAACACUGGAGUUAUAUUGUCCGUUAUUGCAGAUCCCGUAAGCAAAGUUACAUAGAUGAAUCGUUCAAACCUGGCAACUAUAGUUUAUAUUAUUAUCCUUCCGACUCGAACAUACCUCAUGUAGUUAAGUGGAAAAGAGUGAAAGAUAUAACUGUAGAUGAUGGACCAGACAGCGACUUAUCUUGGACUGUGUUCCGAAGACCUCAUAUAUCAGAUAUUUCACAAGGUAUCCUUGGAAACUGCUGGCUUUUGAGCGCUUUAACAGUUUUGGCAGAAAGAGAAGAAUUAUUGAGAGCUAUAAUCAUAACAAGAGAUAUUUGUCCACAAGGUGUAUAUCAAGUUAGGUUAUGUAAAGAUGGAAGAUGGAAUACUGUACUUGUCGAUGAUUACUUUCCUUGCGACAAAAGAGGUCACUUGUUGUACUCUCAGGCUAAGAGAAAACAGCUGUGGGUACCAUUGAUAGAGAAAGCUGUUGCGAAAAUUCACGGUUGUUAUGAAGCUCUAGUAUCCGGAAGAACAAUAGAAGGUCUUGCAACUUUAACUGGUGCUCCUUGCGAAUCUAUUCCACUCCAAAUUACAAUGAAGUCUGAUGAAGAAUUGGAUAUUGAUUUCAUAUGGGCACAAUUGCUCUCAUCGAGGGAGGCUUUAUUCCUAAUGGGUGCAUCUUGUGGUGGGGGAAAUAUGCGGGUGGAUGAACAGGAAUUUUAUAGUAAAGGUCUAAGAACGAGACAUGCAUAUUCACUAUUGGAUGUAGUAGACAUAAAGGAAUAUCGACUAUUAAAAUUGAGAAAUCCAUGGGGCCAUUUUGUAUGGAAGGGAGACUGGUCUAACAAUUCCUCUUUCUGGACGCCUUUGCUAAGACUGCAAUUGAUGCCAGAUGGACCCGAAGAUGGUACUUUCUGGAUAUCGUUCGAAGAUGUGUUGAAAUAUUUUGACUCAAUAGAUAUAUGUAAGAUUAGACCAACAUGGAGGGAAACUAGAUUGAGUGGCAUUCUGCCACCGAUAGCAGUUCAGCAAUACCUGUCAUGUAUAUCUGUGACUAUUUCCGAACCUACCGAGGUUGAUUUCACUUUAUUUCAAGAGGGACAGAGAAAAAGCGAGAAGUCUCAACGCUCUCAGUUGGACUUGUGUGUGGGAAUUUUCAAAGCAACAUCGGAGAAUUCUAUCGGGAGUUUGGUGGAACAUAGUAAGAGGCAGGUGAGAGGGUUUGUUGGUUGCAACAAAAUGCUGGAGCCAGGAAAGUAUUCUGUUAUACCUUUGGCAUUCAACCAUUGGAACACGGGACUGGUAGAUCCCAAUGCUUUUCCAAGAUAUGUUCUUUCAAUACACAGUUCAAAACCGGUUUUCGCCAAGCAUACAACACCUUCUGAAUUCCUCUUAGCCGAUACUAUUAUUUCAUUAACAAUGGAUAAAGGAACUCGACAUCAUGGAAGGGAUGGAAUGACAGCAUACUAUCUCACUAAAGGUUGGGCUGGAUUAGUAGUGAUGGUGGAAAAUAGGCAUGAGAAUAAAUGGCUUCAUGUCAGAUGCAACUGUUGUGAGAGCUAUAAUGUUGUAUCAACUCGCGGAUCACUCGAAGCCAUUGAUUCUAUACCUCCCAUGACGAGACAGGUCAUUAUAGUUCUAACUCAAUUAGAAGGUGUUGGAGGUUUUUCUAUUGCACAUAGACUUACUCACCGAACAUCAAAUUCACCAACCUUAUAUGACUGGGGUCCCGAAGGCAGAAGUCACAACCCAGAGCUUGACAGUCAAACUAUUGGUUUACAUUCUCCAAGACCUAUAUGUUAAUCCCCAUUCACGAUUUUAGAGACUAUUGUUGCAAAAAAUUCAAAUUUUUAACGAAUAAUAUUUCUUUGAGAAUAUUUCUCACAAUCAUAUGAUUUUGAAGUUGAUUUUAAUCUGAGUUCAGAUUGUUAUUGUGAUUUUCAAGCGAAGUUUUGUUUCUAUGAAAUAUUCUGGUAUAUAAUGAGUGUUUUUUUUUAAAUAAUUCUGUCUGAAAUCAUAAUUAACCCGAAAAUGAUUUGUUUACUGUCACAAUAUAUGUGUAAUUUUAGGUAAAAAAGUGAUUCUUCCCGAGUUACAUGUAGGAAGAGAUGAAAAGGUUUGCCCUUUUGAAACUAUAAAUACAAUUAUUAGGGUUAAAAAUUUAUUUGAAUGUUUUUCAUAUCAGUUUGAGAACAUUUUAAUAAAAAUACAGUGCAGUGCAAUAAUUGUGGAAUAUUAUUUCAUUCCGUUUAUUUGUUUUUGAGGACCUGGAAUAUUUUAUAAUAUUAAAGGGUAUUGAUAAGUUUUCCGCAUACUAUUUAUAGAUUUAAUUGCAUUACAAAUAUUCAUCUCAAGUAGAAAACAACGUUUAAUUUUGACCAAAUGAAGAUUUUAUUCCUGUUACUCUUACUAGUGUUUAUUGUUCCCUUGUUGUUUUAAGACUGAUAUUAUUAUAUGUGAGUUCAACAAAUUUUUUUUAUCUCUUAGUUGCAAUCUAUCUUUGAUGACGAAAUUAUUUUUGAAGUGGAUAUUGUUACCUUUAUGUUCAAAUUUAAGCUUAUUUGUAGUGAUAUUUUCUACUGUAAAAAUAAAUCACAGUGUGUUAAUUAAA